AUGUUUGCCUAUGCUCACUCCCGUGAAGCGUGGAAUGGAAUGUGGACCAGUUCAAUCAUCGCAGAUUCAACCGCAUCUGAUCACAUUCAAAUGGCUAACUUCAUCUCAAAACCAUCAAUUGGAGCUAUCGAUGAGUUCUCAUUUAGCAUGAAAUCUCCGUUGACGUUUGCUCUAGGACUUGCUACACUUUCUGCUGCCACGCAAGCUCCAAUUGGACAGAAGAAUGAUGGAAGACCAAACAUAGUCCUUGUUUUGACAGAUGAUCAGGAUCUGCAUAUGCAGUCAGUCGAUUAUAUGCCCUUGCUGAAGAAGUAUAUAAUCGAUCAAGGAACCUUUUUCAAGCGGCAUUAUUGUACAACUGCGAUAUGUUGUCCUUCGAGAGUCACAUUAUGGACCGGCAGAAAUGCCCAUAAUACAAAUGUCACAGAUGUAGUGCCUCCUUAUGGUGGAUAUCAGAAAUUCAUUGAGCAGGGUUUCAAUGAUGCCUAUCUCCCAGUAUGGCUUCAGGAUGCUGGGUACAGCACCUUCUAUACCGGGAAACUUUUUAAUCAUCACACUGUGAGUAAUUGGAACAGUCCUCAUCCUGCUGGAUGGACUUCAUCCGAUUUCCUUCUGGAUCCUUUCACAUACCAAUAUUACAAUUCCACAUUUCAAAGGAAUGAGCAUCCGCCUGUCAGCCACGAAGGCGAGUAUUCAACAGACGUCCUUGCUCAGAAGGCGUAUGGAUUGCUCGAUGAAGGAGUGCAAUCCGGAAAACCGUUCUUCGUAGUCGCAGCGCCAAUUGCUCCUCAUGCAAAUGUUGACCCAGCUGCAUUCAAGCCUGGGGAGGGCAUUCUGAUGACUACUCCUCUUCCUGCUGAGAGACACAAACACUUAUUUCCUGGCGCAAAAGUUCCCAGAAACGCCAAUUUUAAUCCAGACAAGCCAAGCGGAGCCUCAUGGGUAAAGCAUCUAGAUCAGCUCACGGAUGAAGUUAUAGCGUAUAACGACGAAUUCUACCGGGCUCGUCUUCAAACCCUCCAAGCGGUGGACGAACUUAUUGAAGGUCUUGUCACUCGUCUAACAGGUUAUGGCAUCCUAGACAAUACCUUCUUCUUGUUCUCCACUGAUAACGGCUAUCAUAUAUCUCAACAUCGUCUUGCUCCAGGAAAAGAAUGUGGCUUUGAGGAAGACAUCAAUAUUCCUCUCGUCAUCCGUGGUCCUGGAGUUCCACAAGGAGAAGAAACAAGUAUUGUGACCGCACACACAGAUCUUGCUCCUACGAUUCUUAAGAUUGCAAAUGGCGAUUGGAAGAGAAAAGACUUGGACGGAAGCGUGAUCCCUCUCGAUCCACAAGGACUCAAGAAUUCCGAGACAACCAGACAGGAACACGUGAAUGUCGAGUUCUGGGGACAAGCACUCCCAGAAGGUAUUCAUGGAUUUUCACUGGACGACGGGAAAAUGGUCUACUAUGGUCUGAAUAAUACCUACAAAGCUCUACGUAUAAUCAGCGAUAGUCACAACCUCUACUACUCAGUCUGGUGUACCAAUGAGCACGAGCUCUACGAUCUUACUAUCGAUCCUUAUCAAACCAACAACAUUUAUCCUUCCUCAAUCGAUGCCAUAAGCCCCUCACCCACGCAAAGCAAGCUCGAUAUACCAAAGCUCAUUCCCCGCCUUGACGCUCUCCUCAUGGUCACAAAAUCUUGUAAAGGUCACACGUGCGUACAACCCUGGUCAGUAUUACACCCGGCUGGAAAUGUAAGAACACUCAAUGAUGCUUUAUCUCCUCAAUUUGAUAUCUUCUAUGCGGAAGAAAUGGCAGAACGGAUAGUUAAGUAUGAUAAGUGCGAAUUGGGGUAUAUCGUAGAUAGUGAGGGACCACAGGAAGUGAUUGCUUUUGAAGAGGAUGGGGCCAAGUGGGAAUUGUAG